AUGAACUGUGAAACAAAGCAUGCAUUGCAUUGUGCAGCUUUGCUUGGAUGGAUUCUAGGAUUUGCAUAUUUUUGUGGCGUUUUCACGGAACCUCAUUCCACUGCAACACUUAGCCCUUUUGAAAGUUAUGGAUACACUUGGACAACUUUUCUGUAUCUAUUGCGUUUCACCGCGUUACUGGUGCUGCCGCAGUGCCUCUGCAAUCUUCUUGGCCUUGUUUUAUUCAACGCAUUUAGGGAAAAAGUACCAUUGAAAGCUGCCCCAUUGCUGUCACCAUUUGUAUGUUUUCGGGUGGUAACAAAGGGUCACUUUUCCCACUUCUAG